AUGGCGUCUAGGUUUUUGAAGUAUUCAGUUCUUCUUCAGAAGUACAGAACUCCACUUCUUAUAGCGAGCUGUGGUGGCAUCUUUGCAGCCAACACGUUUUACCACGUCUUCCCUGAUAUGUCCUACCGACAGCUCUACCAAGCCUGGUACAAGGGAGAACCGGUGACACUGUCUGACAAGCUAGAAGGACUUUUCCAGCAGGUGCUGAAAGACUACAGUGUCACCCCAUCCAGUAACUUCUCUGCAUUCGCCUCCUUUGGGUUCCACCCAGUCAGUGCCGGCGUCCCUUGGCUGCCUGCAGGGGCUCAAAUAGGCAUCCCGGCGAACUUUAACAGCACACCCGACGACCAUGAUGGUAUCACUAACCGGACUAUUUUCAUAAAUGGUAAAACGGUUGAAUGGGACAGCGAAACUGGGACAGCGCUAAAGGAGUCUUUGGUGCUCUCCCUCCGAGCACAGAAAUUUGCCAUAGCUCGAGAGGUCGCCCGUUCACAGUCGGGCGCACCCAUCCUAAGUGCUGCAGUUGCUCCAUUCUGCCUGAGUGGGGUUUGGGUGUACAGCGUGGUUCUGAAGCAGGUGUUCAACCUUCACGCCGGCCCAUUUUUGUUACGCGGGGUCGUUAACUUGGUAGCGCUAGCACUUGGGGCUGUGUCUUACUUCCUCAUCUCUGACACCGUCACCCAGUGGUCCGAUUACAGCUCGGAUCGACGGGCUGCCGGGGUGUCCUCCGACUAUGCUGAAGGCGGGAUAGAGUUUUACGACAAGAUUCUAUCUAGAAACAAGACACUGCGCACACUCAUGGGACAGAAGGGAGAGGAGAUGUACGCACCCAAUGGGAACUUGUUUCCCGCCAAUAUCAUUCAGCUGAAGCACACACCGUACACCUCCAGGAGGGAUGGCAUAAUCACUCUCAUGAAAAAGGACAAGAUUUAA